CCUAUACAUACAAAAAUUUUUUUAAAAUUUUGGGAUUUUUGUAAUAAUAAACACUAAAGUUUAAUUGACACUUUGGAUGUCGUGUCACGAACAAGAAGGAUUCGUUUCCAGUCUCUAAUUAAUGACUAAAAGUUACUUUUGCCGGUCUAACAAUUUUCGGUAAUUCCGUAAUGGACUCCAACUACCAGCAAACAAGGACCUGGAUGAACAGCCGCGGAGCGAACAAUACCAGUUCCACCUCAUGGGUCGGUUUUCUGUCGGAACGCGAUCCCGAGCCCGAGAGGUCUUCUAUAUCAUUGGCGGGCUGGUCCCAGUAUGAAAACACCUCUCGUCGUCCCCUUAUGUCAAAUGACAUAUUACCAGCUCCACAGCGUUCCGCCGGCAGUCGUUGGAGCCGCGACCAGCCUGAGUGGAACGCGAUUAGAGGUGGUGGGCCACCGGCCGCACUAAAUUCGUGGUCAGGGCCCUCCAAUGGGAACCCAAGAGUGAUGCAAAAUCAGCCACAGCAGCAACAGCCUGUGCCAAAACAGAGCAAUGUUCUGGAGCCACCAAAGCGAAACGCUGAUGGCUUUCUUCAUGGAUUCAACAGUGCUGGGCGCGACUGGUUCUAUCGCUACUUGAAUAUGGGAUGCAGUCCGGAAGAGGCUCGAGAUAGGGUCCUAGAACGCAACCGAAACCAUCCAGAGUCACUGGACUCUACUGCACGUGGGGGACGUUUUCCCGACGCCAAGGCGCAGGUUGACCGCAGGAAUCCUACUAGUGAACGCAGGCGUCCAGUGGAGACUGGCUCAGAAGCGGUGGAUAAUGUUCUCAACACCUUAAAUGGGGCCUGUCUCAAGUGGUACAAUAAGCAUCUGGAAAAUGGGUUUACUCCGGAGGAGGCCAUAGCUAAAGUACUGGAGCACAGGCGGACUUUUUCUGGCAAAAGACCAGUGCAAUCGUCAACAGAUUCAGGCGGACGAAAGCGCUCUGUUGAGAGCAAACCUAAAGAAGAUCCCAAAAAGCCAAAGAGAGGCAAUGAGAGCUUCCAAGCCGAAACAGUGAACUCCGGAAAGGAUCAUUUGGCAGUGGCAGUAGUGGCCGACGACUAUCCAAAUUACUACUUAAUGAAGUCCGAACUCACCAAGAUCGAGAACGCCUUACUGGAGGAAAUGAAAAAUGGCUGGACUCGCAGUCUUAACUUUGGAGGCCUUAAAUAUCGCCCGGGUAUGAUGGUUUUGACCUGUAUGGACGAGGGCUCCAAAGAAUGGCUUGAGCAGGUGGUGCCAAAGAUCACCGCCGUACAAGGUGUACCCCUACGGAUAUAUAAAGAAGACGAAGUACUCAAUUUCAAGGGUAUAACUUUCUAUGUACCGCGCUCAGUUGACGAGCCGGACGACGUCACGUUACGUUUUGUAAAGGAACAGAACACUGAUCUUUUGUCUGGAAACUGGGCCGUCGUGCGCAGCAGCCUAUCAAGGUCAAAGAACGGAAAGGUAAUGACCCUUCGAAUUGGCGAGAAGUCGCUGGAUCUGCUUAACAAGCGUGGCAUGGCUAUUAGCUACCGCUUUGUUCAGCUGCCCUGUCAGAUUUCCAAAGGACCGUUGUUCUUGCCGUCCAAGAAGCAGAAAGAAGUGGACGAAACUCCUGUCAAUCCUCCUGAGAUUGAUCUUACCGCAGAAGAUGAAGAUAUAGAAUUUUCUGAAAUGACCGUUUUGGACGAGGUACAUUGUGAUGACGACGAUGGGAAUGAAGCUGACGAGAUGGCUGAAGAGGACGAGAAUGGUAAUGGAGAGUACGAGCAGCAGGGCGAGGAGGAGAAUGAGCAAUAAAAAUAAUUUAACAGCAGAAAGACUGCAUUACAGACGGAACGCAUCCAAAGAGAACAACAUUUAAUUAAGUCAAUUUGGAUUCAAUGGAAGACAAGAUUUUAAUAGAUAAGCAAUCUCAUCGACAUCCACCUAUUACAAAUGAUUUAACUUAAUGAUAGCAAAUGCGUGUUAAAUGGCCAAUACUCAUAAUUUGAAAUAAAGUAUUGGCCAUAUGAUUUGUGAUUUUCGUUAAAACACCAACUAUUACCGUUGCUUCCAGCGGUACCAAAUACAAUGUGUCCUUCCAUAAAAUUGAAAGACCUAGAAUACACGAAUAUACCAAAUAUAAUAUUUAAUAUCGA